AUGGAGACUCAGGCGGGUUUCAGCGUUGACAUGGGCACCGACGCCUCUACUCCGACCAUCCGCGCCACCGUGGUCCCGUCGAUGAUGUUGACGGAGAUAACAGCACAUCGUCUCAGUUUCAAGAAGAAAGUAAUAAUGAAGGAGCAACAGUCGACACUUCAUCCGAAUCUGAUGAAAAUGCUGAAAAACCCACGGCGCCGGUUGUUUUGUCGUCAAACCAUGAAUGUGAGGAAAAUUCAGGUGAAGCCACAGAUGAGCCCUUGUCUUCAGAUGAAAAAAAUAAUGUCCCCAUUUCAUCAAAAUCCGAUCUUGAUGAGGCAAAAUUGUGAUUUUUACCAAGAGUCAUGGGUGAGAGACGAGGGCUAUCCGCUUUACCAAGCGUGUUCUUGCCCGUACAUCGAUGAUGGUUUUGAAUAUAAAGCCGAAAGGCUACUAGCUGAAGCCACAUCUUUUGGUUCUCAGUUGGUUGUUUUCCCUGAAUCUUUUAUUGGUGGCUAUCCAUGUGGCUCCACAUUUGGUGUUUCUAUUGGAAACCGAAUAGCUAAGGGUAAAGAGGAGUUCCAUAAAUAUCAUGCUUCUGCCAUUGAUGUUCUUGGGCCCGACGUAGAUCGCUUGGCUGCUAUGGCUGGAAAGUAUAAGCAUAGGAAAGUCAUGCCAACAGCACUCGAGCGUAUAAGUUGGGGAUUUGGAGAUGGUUCGACAAUUCCAGUUUUGGAGACUUCUAUAGGGAAGAUCGGUGCUGCAAUUUGUUGGGAAAACAGAAUGCCACUUUUAAGGACAACAAUGUAUGCUAAAGGAGAGGCACUGGAGAGAGGCGACAUCAGGAAGCAGCUGAUCCCGCUCCUAAAACGAUUUAGCCUUUAA